AGGAGGGAGAAAUAGAAAACAGAAAAAGGAAUAUUAUUAUGAAUCUCUAAAAUCAGAAACCACUGCUUUAUCUUCUACAGUUCGAAGAACGUCAGAGCCUUGCAGGCUACAGGUUGAGCGACGGAUUUUACGAUAAUCUUUUCAACCUUAGCUUCAACCAUGCGCUCUGUUCUUCAUCUACAACAGCGCUUCUCUUGAGUUUGAGUAGCUUACUUCAGUUUUUCUUCCUUUUUUUUUUCCUGUUGGAAAUGGCCAUCGGCAGCUUGGUUUCUAAUCGGAACCUCGGUUCCUUCGUUGGCUCAGGAAAAGUGUGCAAGACAGAAAAAGCUUCGUCUCACCACGGAGUAGAACGUUCAGUUAUUUUUGCAGCUCAAUAUGGCCAACCAAACUUGUUUUCUAGAAAGUCAAUUGGUUUGAGAUUAAAUAGUUCUUCUCCUAAGAUCGCAUGUUCCACUUUUCUUCAAUCUAUAACUCGAGAUGGAAAGCUUUUCAAGCCGCUGGGAGUUUGUACAGAUGAAACUGCUGGACCAAGAUUGCCAUUUAUCAAAAGUACCAUCACUUGGCCAAGAAGAAAAUGCAGAUGUUAUCCUCAGUGUACUAGUGCUUGCAUUCUAACGAAUGGUCCUAGUUGGCUGCAAUGCCAAAAGUCUCAGUAUGUUAAGGUCGACCGAACUUCUGCUAAUUACAAGUCAAAUGACUUUGAUAUGACAAAAGGAGAUGUGGAUGCAUUGGCAUUGGCAGAGGGGUCAGGUGAUGCAUUUUUUAUGGAAGAAAAUGAGCAGAUAGUAUCACCUUGGUGGGAGAGUUUUCCAAAGCGCUGGGUGAUUGUAUUGCUUUGUUUUUUCUCCUUUCUUCUAUGCAAUAUGGACCGUGUGAACAUGAGUAUUGCCAUACUCCCAAUGUCGAAAGAAUUUAAUUGGAAUAGUGCAACAGUUGGCUUGAUCCAGUCAUCUUUUUUCUGGGGCUAUCUUCUAACGCAGAUUGUUGGAGGGAUAUGGGCAGACAAAAUUGGUGGGAAGCUUGUGUUGGGUUUUGGAGUAGUAUGGUGGUCAAUAGCAACUAUAUUGACUCCAAUUGCUGCAAAAAUUGGGCUUCCUUUUCUGCUUAUGAUGCGUGCUUUCAUGGGGAUUGGUGAGGGUGUUGCUAUGCCUGCAAUGAACAAUAUUAUAUCAAAGUGGAUUCCCGUAUCAGAGAGAAGCAGAUCACUUGCACUAGUCUAUAGUGGCAUGUAUCUCGGUUCAGUAACGGGAUUGGCUUUCUCACCAAUCUUAAUUCACAAAUUUGGAUGGCCAUCUGUGUUUUACUCAUUUGGAUCUCUCGGAAGUAUAUGGUUUGCUCUGUGGCUGACAAAAGCAUAUAGCUCUCCAAAAGAAGAUCCAGGUCUCAGUGCGAAGGAAAAAAAGAUUAUCUUUGAUGGAAGCAUUUCGAAGGAACCCGUGAAAGUUAUUCCCUGGAAAUUAAUUUUAUCAAAAGCACCUGUGUGGGCUCUCAUAAUCUCCCACUUCUGUCAUAAUUGGGGAACCUUCAUUCUGUUGACUUGGAUGCCCACAUACUAUAAUCAGGUUCUGAAGUUCAACCUCACCGAAUCUGGACUCUUCUGUGUUCUGCCAUGGUUGACCAUGGCUGUUUUUGCAAACAUCGGUGGAUGGAUUGCAGACACACUAGUGAGCAGAGGGUUUUCCAUCACUACGGUUCGAAAGAUCAUGCAAUCUAUUGGAUUUCUGGGACCAGCAUUUUUCCUUACUCAGCUGAGCCAUGUUAGAACACCUGCUAUGGCAGUAUUGUGCAUGGCAUGCAGUCAGGGAUCUGAUGCAUUUUCACAAUCCGGACUCUACUCCAAUCACCAAGACAUUGGACCGCGAUAUGCUGGAGUCUUGUUGGGAUUAUCAAACACCGCCGGCGUCCUCGCUGGUGUCUUCGGUACAGCUGCAACCGGAUUCAUACUCCAACGAGGUUCAUGGGACGACGUAUUCAAGGUGUCAGUGGCAUUGUAUAUCAUAGGCACAUUAGUCUGGAAUAUCUUUGCAACGGGAGAAAAAAUUCUUGAUUGAAUAGGAAGAUUUUGUAAAUGGAAAAAGAAGGAUGCUUUCUUCCGCUGAUAAACAGAACCAAUAUUCUGUGGCUAAAUUAGUAAAUUUAAUGGAAGGAAAAAGCAGGCAGGCAAGUCUGAACAACAAGAAAAAUCCCCCAAUUUUUCUUUUUCCAUAAAGUUGUUGAUGCCUUAACAACAACAGCUUCAAUAAAAAGGGGAGAAACAAAAAAACAAAAAAGAGAGAUAGAUAAAGAAAAAAAAAAAUCUACAUACAAAUUCUGUCCUUGUAUAUUGAAGUUUUUUAUUCCCCUUGAAAGUGUUUUGCAUAAAACUACACGAGUAGUAGGAAAAUUUAAUUGUUAUUUGUCCUCUUUUGUAUUGCUAUUGGAAGCUUUUCCCCGACAUCACAUAGACAUUCUAAUUUCUACC